CGCUGUUAUCGAUAGGUAAUUGCCAGCUGUGCAAUAAUUACGCUUGUGGCCGAAUUACUUCAUUUUUAUUAACUUAUUAACCGCGAAUAUGCUGCCCAAGCUAAAGAUUUCCGCAUUCCUGCUCAAGCGCCUGGAGCGAACGAAGCAGCAGUGCAGUGGUUGUUUAUAUGGCGUUUUCUACGGGGAGGGAACCCUACUGCUCCUGAGUUUCAACAUCGAGUCCAGUUUGGGCCAGCUGAACUACGAGCAGAUCCAGCACAGGUUCCCGGCGGAACUGGAUCUGUGCGGAUUGGUCAAAUUCGGCGACUGCACCGAUGGCGAGGCACACCUCAAUGAGGUCAUCAAGUCGGUGGACAUCACCGACAAUCCCAUUCUGCUGCAGUGCGAACUGGGCACAUUGGUGGGUCUGCGCGCCUCGUUCUUUGUGCAUGGGAAGCUGGAGGAGGUGCCCUACGAGGUGAUGGAGGCGGAUCAGCUGUACAACGACUUCUGUUUCACCCGACUGCAGUGCGGAUUCUUUCUGCAAACGGCCGCCACUCCGGAGUCCGUGACCCGGGAAAUGCACGUGCUGCGCAAACGGGUGGCCGACGGCAAUCUGGUCUUCAAUGUGCCGCAAACGAAGAUCUUCAUCAGCAGCUCCGGUCCGCUGGACAAUCGGUUUACCGGCGAUUCCCAGAUUCAGGAUCUUAUCGAUGUCAUCCCCAGUCCGGAAAACGAAAAGGAUACUCCCGCUGGCGACAAGAAGAAGGGCAAGGCUCAGAGUCCGUCAGUCAAGCGCUUGGCGCCCACUGGCUGCGACUACGAGGUGAUCCCCAUCGAUGUGAUGCGAUCCCGCAGCCGCGAUCCGGUGGCUCGCGAUUCACCGCCACAUCCGGCGCUUAGCAUUGCCGUGAUCACUGAAGAGCAGACACGCGUGCAGGUUCCAUUGGAGAUAGAAGCCAUGGCCAUCCUCUGCCGGAAGACCAAGCUCCAGCGGCUGUACGAUGUACUUAUCGAGAGCAUCUGCCGGGCUUUGAGAUUAUUCGAAUUGAGCCUCAUCGAGCACCUCACAGAAUCGGAGACGGGCAAGCUGCUGGUGCCCGCCAGCUAUCACUUCUAUCCGCAGGAGUUCGGACACUUUGUGAGCUGCGCGUAUCUGGAGGAUUUGGGCGACGAUGAGCCGAGCGCACUUGAGCGGCGCAAGCGACUCCAUCGCCAGUUUGCUCUGCCCGUCAGUCGUCCCUACUUCCGCAGGGCCAAUCAGGUGCGUUUCCUGGCCGAAACGGACGACGCCCCGUGGACGCCCCUGCUGAACACCCACAUCGGAGUCCGGCCCAGUGGCGUCACCGAUGGCAAGGAGUACUUGGUGAACGGAAACUACCAUUACUACCACUACCUGCAGCAGCAGGUGCAGGAUAAGGGCUGGGGCUGCGCCUACCGCUCGCUGCAGACGAUCUGCUCCUGGUUCGUGCUGCAGGGCUACACGAACGCUCCGAUACCCACGCAUCUGGAGGUGCAGGAAUAUCUGCACAAGAUCAACGACAAGCCGGCUGCCUUCGUGGGUUCCUCCCAAUGGAUUGGCUCCACGGAGAUCAGCAUGUGUCUGCAGGGAUUCCUCAACGUUGACUCCAAGAUCCAGCACGUUGCCUCCGGAGCCGAAUUGGCCACCGUUGCCUCCGAACUGGCCAUGCACUUCCAGACGCAAGGCACGCCGGUGAUGAUCGGUGGCGGUGUGCUGGCCCACACCAUCAUCGGUGUGGACUACUGCGUGCAGACGGGUCAGGUGAAGUUCCUCAUCCUGGAUCCACAUUACACAGGGGCCGACGACCUGGCCACCAUCCAGAUCAAAGGCUGGUGCGGCUGGAAGGGUAUGGAUUUCUGGACCAAGGGCAGCUACUACAAUCUUUGCAUGCCCCAGCGGCCGAUCUUGUAUUGAGUUCUGCCGCAUUCUUCCUUUCCUUUUGCAUUUAGGUAGGCUGGGGUGGAUCGACUUGUGUUCUCCUUAAUGCCUUUAGGUCAAAUUAUUUGAAAAACAAAACAAAACUGGAGAAGAAAACAGGUGUGUUUAUAUACCUGUCAAUUCAAAACAACACUAUAUGUUGUUUAUAUUUUAAUUAGGCAAACGCGUAUUUGUUUGUUUCCACAUAAAUUGUAUAUACUUUUGGCUUUCAAAAUGUUCCAGUUCUGUGUUUUGGCCAUCUUACAAGUCGACUCACCCCAAAACUUUCGAUAUAAGGUCAAGCUUUAAACUGGUUUCGUGUAAUUUCUUGUAUAUGAUACCUAUAUGUACUUCAAGUGUAUUCAUUUUCUUGUAUGUUAUAUGUCGAUGCUAUAUCUCCCGCACACUUAUUAAACUAUAUACUAAACAGUAA